AUGCAGUCAACUAGAAACUCCUGGGUUCUAGACUCUGGUGCAACGCACCAUGUUACUGCAGAGCCUCACAACCUUGAAGAGUAUACAGAAAAUGAGGAAAUAUCCAUGGGUGACGGUAAAACCAUUCCCAUCACUCAUACUGGUUCAACUCAAAUACAAGCAUCUAAAACUGCUUUCAAGCUUUCUAACACUCUUUGUGCUCCAUCAAUUAAAAAGAAUCUAAUUUCAGUUGCUAAGUUUUGCCAAGAUAACCUAACAUCUGUUGAAUUUUUUUCUUUUACUUUUGUUGUGAAGGACCUGCAUACUCUGAAGCCGCUGGUACAAGGCCAAAAUAAAAAUGGACUCUAUGAAUGGCCGCAUCUGCAACCCACACCACCAUCAGUCAGCCUUGUCUCCAUUAAAGCCCCACUUCAUCUCUGGCAUUGUCGAUUGGUCUUUUUAGAGUCCAACUUUCAACAUUCUACUGAUUCCAAUAGAGAUAUUCACUCCAACAACAACAGCCAAGUACCAGCAGCUGCAGAGAAUUCAGGUAAUACACAACUCACUUCUCCUUCUUCUUUGCAACUCCCCGCACUUUCUCCUUCACAAAAUACUGCUACAAAUAAGCAACAACCUCCUCCUUUGCUCACAUAUCAGAGACGCAGAACCACAGCCAGCAACAUGCCAUCCCAACAACCAUUAUCAACCACCAGAGAAGCCCCUCCUCCAACCUCCACUUCGGCACUCUCUGACAGUCUAAAUACCACAAACCCAUCUACAAUUGAUCCCUCCCCUACAAUACCACCAGAACCAACUCGCAUUAUAACCAGGUCACAGAAUAAUAUUUUCAAGCCCAAAAGAACAUUCUUUUUUCUGACCCAUUUGUCUCCUACGCCUAUAACAUUCAAACAAGCUAACAAACAUGAAGAGUGGAGACAAGCAAUGAAAGCCGAAUAUGAUGCUUUGAUGAAAAAUCAGACUUGGGAAUUGGUACCGCGAGAUCCAACCACAAAUGUUGUGGACUUCAAAUGGUUGUACCGAAUCAAAAGAAAAGCGGAUGGUUCCAUAGAACGUUACAAAGCUCGUCUAGUUGCAAAAGAGUUCACGCAGCGUCCUGGCUUAGAUUUUCAUGAGACAUUCAGUCCCGUUGUUAAACCAAUAACGGUAAGGCUAGUGUUAUCAAUAGCUGUGCAACACAGAUAG